AUGUCCACAUUCCAGAUAUUAUCAGAUUUGCAUCUUGAAACUCCCUCUGCAUAUGAUGUGUUCAAAAUCUCUCCGAAAGCACCAUAUCUUGCCCUCCUAGGUGACAUAGGAGUUGUCAAGGACGCAGACUUCAUUACAUUCAUCGAAACCCAGUUGCGCCAAUUCCAAAUUGUUUUCUUCCUACUAGGGAAUCAUGAACCCUACUAUUCAACCUGGGAGGACACAAAACAAGCCCUUCAUCAAUACUCGGCGUCUGUCGAUCGUCGGCGUUUAGCUAUGGAACAUAAUGGACGUCCGGAAACUCUGGGUUCUUUCAUUUUCUUAGAUCAGACACGCUACGAUCUCUCGUCAGAUGUGACUGUGCUGGGCUGUACACUCUUCUCGCGAGUGAGCGAGGCCCAUAAAGAGCACAUUAGCUAUGGUCUCAACGAUUUUUAUAACAUAAAGCAAUGGGCCGUUGACGAUCACACAGCUGCUCACGAAGCAGAUUUGGAGUGGUUGAAUGGACAAGUUUCUCAUAUCGCUUCCUCUGAGCCUCAUCGUAAGAUCGUGGUUUUUACGCAUCACAGUCCAGUCACUCAGGAUCAACGGGCAGUUGAUCCAAAGCACGCAAAUAGCUCGCUAUCGUCGGCCUUUGCCAGCGACCUGUCAGGGCAGGAGGUUUGGGAGAGUCCGCUGGUACGAUUAUGGGCAUUUGGGCAUACACAUUUCAAUGUUAGUUACAUUGAGGAUGGUACCGAGAAGCUGGUUGUCAGUAAUCAGCGCGGCUAUUACUUUUCUCAGGCACGGGGAUUUGAUGGGGAAUUUGUAGUUGGAGUCUGA